UCUCACACGAUUUAAUAAAUAAUAUAAAAAACCCCUAAUUACUUAGAAUGUGUCACAUUGUGUGUGAUAUUAGACACGUUAAACUGCCCAAUAACCAUGCUUGCCAGGAAACACACUGUAAGUUUGCCACACUAUCACAAAUAAAAAUACAAUUAAAUAAAAAAGAAACCAAAGAAGAAGAAAUGGCUGAAAGGAAAAUAGCGAUUAUAGGCGCCGGAAUCAGUGGACUAUUGGCCUGCAAACACUGUCUGGAGAAAAAAGAUUUAGACCCAGUUGUGUUCGAAGCCCAGAGCUGCAUCGGUGGAGUUUGGUCUAAAACCAUUGAGUCCACCAGGCUCCAGACUCCAAGACCCUUUUACCAGUUUUCCGACUUUGCAUGGCCGCCUUCUGUGACAGCCACUUUCCCAGAUCACAACCAAGUCCUGGACUACCUUCAUUCCUACGUUUCUCACUUCAAAAUCCUCAACAAGAUCAACUUCAACACCAAGGUUAUCGAUAUCUCCUAUUCUUGUUCAGAGUCCAUCUGUGAUUUUUGGGGUGGCUCCGGAGAACCAUUUUCAUCUGGGAAAUGGAAUGUUACAGUUCAGGAUUCUCGUAACCCAUCUGCUCCCAUUGAGGUAUACCAAGUGGAUUUUGUGAUCGUAUGCAUUGGAAGCUUUAGUGGGUUGCCCAACAUUCCUGAUUUUGGAAUAGACAGAGGGCCUGAGGUGUUUGGUGGUGUGGUUAUGCAUUCAAUGGAUUAUGCUGCCAUGGACUAUGAAGCUGCUGCUGAGUUCAUCAAAGGAAAGCUGGUUACUGUGGUUGGAUUUCAAAAAUCAGCACUAGAUUUGGCUGCACAAGUUGCUAAAUCCAAUGGAGGCGAGUACCCUUGUACACUUCUGUUCAGGACAGUUCACUGGACUGUUCCUGAUUACUUUACGGCAUACACAUUCAAAUGCUUGAAUCGCUUUGUAGAAUUGAUGAUCCACAAACCCAUUGAAGGAUUCUUCCAAUGGUUCUUCGCUUUGCUGCUUUCACCUUUGCUGUGGUUAUAUUCAAAAAUAGUGGAGCACUUUCUGAGAUUCUUGUACCCUUUGAAGAAAUACAAUAUGGUGCCAAAUCAUGGCUUCAUUCAACAGAUAUUUUCAUGUAUGAGUGCUAUUACACCUCCUAAUUUCUAUGACAGAGUAAGAGAAGGAAGUCUCAUACUCAAGAAGUUCAAUAUUAGUUUCAGCUUUUGCAAAGUUGGUUUGAUUAUAGACAAGGAGGAAUCUACACCUCUUGUCUCUGACAUUGUUAUCUUUGCUACUGGUUACAAACCUGAUCAGAAACUCAAAAACAUCUUUGCAUCAUUGCAUUUCCAGAAAUGCAUAAUUGGCUCCUCAGCUCCCUUAUACAGGGAAUGCAUUCAUCCAAGUAUUCCAAAUCUGGCAAUACUUGGAUAUAGUGAUAGUCCAGCAAGCUUGUAUAGCACAGAGAUAAAGAGCAAAUGGGUAGCUGAGUUUUUGGGAGGAAAAUUCAAAUUGCCAAGUGUAAAGGAUAUGGAAGAAGAUGUUAUUAGGUGGGAAAAGUGCAUGAAAAGAUAUUCUGGUUGUAGCUACAAGAGGUAUUGUUCAAUUGCUUUGCUUCAAAUAUACAUCAAUGAUCAAUUAUGUAAGGACAUUGGUUGUAACCCCAGAAGGAAAAACUGGUUCUUGGCUGAUCUUUUCUCCACCUAUGGCCCUACAGAUUACAAAAACCUAACCCACUGACCACUCUCUAGUCCUGAAAUCACUUUUUGAUUGUUUCUAGCUGAGAUGAGAGUUGUAUUUUCAAACUAGAGUGAAAGCUCUUAAGUUAAACUCCUUAGAACAGAGAGUAACAUUUACACAACUCCAACUCUAGAUGGUAUUAUAUUAGUACCACACCCCUCUGUGGUUAGUUAUUCCAUCUUUGGUUAGUUUCAUUAAUUUAUUAGCCAUUUUUUAAAUGUACACUAGCAAAACUUAUUGUUAUGUCGUUUGCUAAAUUCAAUUUUUUUUUCAGUACUUAUA